AAAUUUCCACUUACACCAAACGAAAUUAUGAAGAUUUACGAGGAGGUGAUUUUUACGGAUCAACUUCUGCACCACCGCACUGUGGGCAGCCAAAUCGAGGAGACUCGUCGAACUUGGGAACAGCGGUGCUCUUGGUUUCCAGCGGCCCAAAGGGAAUACUACGAUCGCUAUGCCCAGAUUUACAAGGAGUGCUUGAGUACAUACGGCAACGAUCACUUCGAGUACUAUGCGAAAAGGAAUCGCCUGAGGGAAGAGUUUAGGCUCGAGACUAAUUCAUACAGAGAGAGCCAGACACGGGACUCCGAAAUAUCCAUGGAUCAUGUAGCCUUAUACAAAGCGACACCCACUUCCAAUGCAGAAUAUGGGAGUGUUCGGCCAAUGUACCUCUUCAAGGCUUGUUAGAUCCGUAUCUAAUCUUCAAUCCACAUUCAAUUCGGCUUACAAGCUUUAGGGCAGGUGUACACUGUACCGUUUGUUACAAAGGGAAUACAUAAAUACACUCCUCAGUCUAUAUACGUUUAGAGCUAAUAAUACUCCAGUAAAUCCAGUACAGUGUAAACCUGACCUAAAUCACAUAUUUGGUUUUAUGGUCUCUAAUAAAUAAAACUAUUUUGAAAUUAAAAUUUUAAUGUUUGGUCUUAGCUAUUAGUUCUCAAUAAUGAUAGGUCUUUAAUUUUUAAAAAAUUUUUUUAAGCAGUAGCAUAACUGCUUUACAACAAAGAUCAUACUAGGGAAUUUCUUAAAACAGCCCUUUUUCUGAUGAGCUAGUUCUAACAGCGUGAAUUUAAUUUUAAGCUACAUAUUUCUUUCCAAAAGGGUUACAUGAAAUUCUCCCCUUGAGAAAUUAGCCACAUGCAUGAUGCUAAUCCUUUGGCUUAUGCUAAUUUGGCUUAAACUGAGUCAGAGUUCCCCGGGGUCCGAUACCGCCUCAAAGCGGGUAUCGGGCAGUUUAUGGCAAAACACAAAAGGUGGAAAUUGUCUGAGACAUGCGAAAAUGUGCAACAAACCGCAAUCGAAUGCAUUAAGGUCCAAACAAAGUAACCAAGAAGCAAACAAAAGGCCAAAAGCAGUUCAUGACUCAUGCGAGGGGAGGUAGUACUUGGACAUUCAUCGCAUGUCUACCGGGUUCACCUGGGCGUGAGAAAUGCAAUCCAAUGGCUCAUUUGCAUACAAAGCCGUUCGAUUGUGGGCAAAAGGCAGCAAGGCGAUGGCUACAAAUGGCCCACAAACAGCUGCAGGUCUGGGCCAAAAUUUAUCUUGAACAUCUCGGCUUGGCAUUGAUCGACUGGCAGGGGGAAAACCCUCAAACCUAGCCAAAAUGAAUGUUUCUUGUACAUAGCCAGCGACGUUUGAACUCAAAUUUACCUAGGAUCUAAGCGGGCAAAUUCCUCGGCAUCCCUCUAAGCAUAAUCUAUAUCUAAAUCUAAGCAAAUCUUGUGCGUGUUGUAAAUUUAAAAAUAAAACAAUGAAAAUAUAACUAAACGAAAAACCAAACCAACAAGUGGCGGAAAACAAAGAUUUCUUGUCGGUUGUAGCUAAGUCAAUGAACUAACCUUCCUUCAUUAACAUUCAUCAAUGAACUUUGUUAACAUUUAAGUUUAGCAUUUAUUUGUAAGUAUUAAAAAAAAUCAAAUGUUUGACAAAGAGAAUGAAAACCAAGCUAGUUCGUAAAACUGAACAUGAAAAUGAAAAAUAAAUUAAGUCCAGAAAA